CACCUGCAGUGUCCUACUGCAUACAGAGCACAAUCAUGACAAGCAGGGCUGUCGUAGUCUUGUUGUCAACUUUGUUGACCUUGCAAUCGGUUUUCUCAUUGACCACGGCCAGACGGGCAAAUGAGUUCAAGGCACGGUCGGACCUUGCUUUUCGAGCCCGGCGUUUGUCAGAAGCGCUCUCCGCUAGACCGGACCCUGCAAUUGCAGCAGCCUACAUGGACCGAAUUCUACAAGACAGUGCUGCUGCCCGUGCAUCCCUUUGUGCAAAUUUCACAAAGCGCAGCCGAACAGCGAUCAUCUUCGUGUUUUACGAGCGCGCUGACGUAGUCCGCGCUUCCUUGCCGGCCUUGCUCAAGAGCGAGGGUUUAAGCGACUUCGACCUUUUCCUAUCCCAAGACGGUGGCAGCGACUAUCAGCUGGACGUCCCUGUACCGAUCAACAUUAACCACUGCUACAUUCGGCACGCAGCCAACCUCUGCACAGGCAUUCACCACCAUUUCGUCAAGAGCUUUGCGUUUGACACCAUGGGUUAUGACCGGCUGAUCGUGGUGGAGGAGGACAACAUAGUACACCCCCAGGCAAUCCAGAUGCUGAACAGCAUGCUCGAGUUAGCAGCCGCAGCUCCUGAGAUCGGUCUUGUAAGCAUUACGGAGCUGGACGUAUCCAUGAUGGUCGACACGGAAAAGCACAACCCAGCCGUGCUUCGCGUUGGGCUGCGGACCGGCCAUCUGUGGGUAUUUGGAAUGGAUAAGACGCGUUACAAAGCUAUUGCUGGGCACCUGCGAGAUUAUUAUGACGUCAUCAAGGGACAUGACUACAGUAUGAAGCACGAGCCGCCACUGCGCGACGCCAUCACUGCUCUUCGGGAGGCUAAGGGCAUGCAGUCUGUCGACAAUGUCCUUUCCCAGGACGUCUUCUUCAUCAACUCUUUGCAAAAGGAGGGAUUCUCCAAGCGCCUGCUGACACUUAUGCGUCUCCUCGAGCCAGUGGGUUACGUUGGGCUGCACUUCCGCCAAUCAUCCGACAAGUUUUAUGCGACGUACGGCAGGGGCAUGUACGACGGAAAUAUUACGUCAAAGCCGUACGAGAUUACUGCUGACGCCGCGUCCGUUGAGGAGCUUCAGCACUACUGUCGGCAACGGCUGAUUUGGUUUUACCGGCACUACGUGGGCCGUGACUCGCCUGCGGCUUAUAGGGUCAUUUCAAAUGCGUUGGUCAAGGGCGAGUUGAACGGGCAUGAAGUCUUGCGGCGCAUCCUGACCUCUGACGAGCACAUGAGGCGGGCAAAGGUAGCAAUGACGACGCUUGGGAAACGUUUCAAAUAGUUCGCAGGGGCAUCCGGGAAAGGGCAGGAGUAGGCUAGGUGGCGCAGCAGGUGCAUGCAAGUUGGGUGGGUUAGUGGAUAGAAGGCCAAAUUAUUUCAAUGAGCAUGCAUCGCAUGCAAUGUCAGGGAGGAGUGUUGUUUGUGCAGGUCUUGCAUGCGGACUCCUGGCCGGCACGGCGGCAGGCGAUGUUGGGCUCGCCGUACAUGUUCUCAGCAGGAGCUUUAGGUUAGGGUGCAGGGCGUUGGGAGCGCUUUGUCAUGCGAAUGGACGGCAGGGAGCGGGCAAGUAGUGGGCAUGUAUGAGCUAUGUAGCAGGCUGGCAAACAUGCAGCAGGAGCAAACGAGCAGGCGUACGGCAUGGGUGUGUCUUCAUGAUACCAGCAUGCCACUGUCAUGUCAUUGGUGUGAUGCGUAUUGUAUAUCGGUAUUCUCGUAGGCUGGGACUGAUGCCUUGACGUGGUAACAGCGUCACACCCCUCGCGGACAUUCAUCGGAGGGGCAACUUGCACUUAAUGUGUUUCGUAAUGAGCGGCAAAAUGAGGAGAGUGUUGUUUGGAGGCAGCCUUCCUAGACCCCUAGAAGGGCAUUAAACAACCAUUGCUUGUAACAUGCCGCUGGCAUA